CUUACGUACUCGGUCGGCCAUAUUUGUAAGAAGGCAAAACUCUGAUAUGAUUUCUCGGUUACGUUUGGCCACCAGAAUUGGUGGUGCAGCCAGACUCUUGGCUCAUGCAAAACCAAGCGUGCCUGCAACUACAAGAUUGAUGUGUCAGGUUCCUGCCCAACAAACUGAAGACAAACCUCAUGAGUUUGGUCAGUUCUAUAGAGAUGUCAGCAGUUCAUUGAAGGAGAAGACUGGGGAGACUGGUCAUAAACUUUUGGCUGGUGGAUUCCUCACUUACAUCCUUUCAAAAGAAAUACUCAUUCUUCAUGAUGAGACUCUUCUUGCUGUUGUGAUGUUUGGCACUAUGUAUGUGGUCUAUUUGUAUACUUCUCAGCCAAUUGCAAGUUUCCUAGACAGUUAUUCUCAAGGAAUCUUAGAUAAGUUUAAUGAAUUCAAGGAGGCACGUAUGCAAUUCUUUAUUGACAACAUAAAAGAGGCUAAGGAGUUCGAGCACUUUAUUUCUGCCAGAACAGAUAUUGUGGAAAUUUUGAGGGAAAACAAUGCCAUGGCUCUUGAGCUGGAGUAUCGAAACAGGCUGCAUGAAGUAGCUAGACAAGUCAAGAAACGUCUGGAUUAUCAGGCAGAGAUAGAAGCAUUCCAGCGAAGGAAUGCACAACAGCACAUUGUUGACUGGGUGGAAAAAGAAGUCGUGAAGAGUAUUUCGCCUCAGUUGGAAAAGGAAAGUGUUAGCCAGUGCAUAAGAGACCUAAAGGCCAUGGCACCUGCAUGAAGGGAGUGUGGUUCAUUACCAGAUUUAACAAGCAUUGGGCCUAUUUUUUGUGAAUAUAAAGUUUUGUUGUUUUGACUGUAACCCCUGGUGUCUUAAUGGCAACUUUCAAAUAAAGAUGCUGUAAUUUUAAAAUUG